CUCGGCUGGAUCUCAGGCAGGGAGAAUUUCCCGCGAGUUUGCCGUUUGCGGGACUAUGCCCAGAUUUUGGAACCAGCCCAGCGGUGUUUCCCGGGGCUUUUAGAAAGCAGCGAUCUAUUUAUUCUGUAAUAUUCGGAACAUUUUGCUCUAAUCCAGCGCAGCAGCGAAGAGGGCUCGUUAGGAGGUGGCAUGGCAGCGGUUGGGCCCCUAGGUGGCGCUGUCCACUAGUAAGGUAUCCAAGUGUGAUAGCAGCGCAUCACAGGCUGUACAGCGGAGCCAGCUGCGAUAUAGGGGCUGGCUGGCUGCCUCAGCAGCAGAUAACCCGGGGAUGGUUUCAGGGAGCAUAAGGAAGAGCACAGGCUCUUUCCCCACAUUUUAGAAAACUAUUUUUUUACUAUUUUACCAUUUUGCGUUGGUGUGAUCACGCCAGCUCUUUGCUGAGCGCUUUGGAUUAUGUCACUGUUGAAACAGUCUGCAGGGAGCUGAGCCAGGGAAGGAAGAAUGCGGGUCCAUUUAAUGGUGUUCUGCCUUAUUUCCUACACCGUGAAUGGGCAAGUAAAAUAUUCCAUCUUCGAAGAAACCGAACGUGGUGUCUCUGUUGGGAAUAUAGCAAAGGAUUUAGGAAUAGAGGCAGCUGCACUUUCACUCCGGAAAUUUCGCAUGAUCAGCAGUUCAAGUAAGCAAUAUUUUAAUAUAGAUGUGAGCACGGGGGCUUUGUCCGUGAAUGAACCCAUCGACCGAGAGCAGGUUUGUGAAUUGAAAACUACUUGUUUUCUGAAUUACGAACUUGUGCUAGAAAACCCUCUAGAGCUUUAUAAAAUGGAAUUUAAAAUACUGGACAUAAAUGACAACGCCCCCAAGUUCCCUUUAAAUGAAUAUCACUUAAAUGUAGCCGAGUUUUUAUCUCCCGGGGCUCGGUUUACACUCCCCAAUGCCCAGGACUUUGAUGAAGGUACCAAUAGUGUCCAGACCUAUUCUCUGAGCCCUAACGAACAUUUCCGACUGGAAAUGCAAACACGCGGGGAUGGGAGUGAGUACCCGGAGCUGGUGCUGGAGAAGACCUUAGACAGGGAGCAGCAAUCCACCCACAGCCUAGUCAUCACCGCCAAAGAUGGUGGGAAUCCCCAGAGGUCCGCUGACGCCCAAGUCAUUGUGACUGUUCUUGACACCAAUGACAACGCUCCGGCGUUUGAACAUUCGCUCUACAGGGCACGGAUCUUGGAAAACUCCCCCAGUGGCACCUUGGUAACCAAAGUCCACGCCACUGACUUAGACGAAGGUCAGAAUGGAGAGAUCAGAUACUCCUUUAGCAAUAACACGUCCGCUGACCUCCAGAGACUGUUCCUAGUCCACCCCCAGACCGGGGAGGUGAAGGUGAACGGCAGCCUAGACGGGCAGAGACCCGUCCUGGAGAUGUUCAUUGAGGCGAGGGACAAAGGGGCCUUUGGCAUGUCCAGCACCGCGAAGCUGCUGGUGGAGGUCACGGAUGUCAAUAACAACGCCCCGGAGGUGACAGUCACGUCCCUUUCCAGCCCCAUCCCGGAAGACGCCGUGCCCGGCACGGUGAUCGCUCUGUUGAGUGUUCUGGACAAAGACCCAGGCGAGAACGGGCGCGUAACCUGCCGGAUCCCUGCUGGCCUCCCCUUCCAACUCAAACCCUCUUUCGACAAUUACUAUAGUUUGGUCACCGAGGGGCCCCUGGACCGAGAAGCGGUCGGCGCCUAUAACAUCACCAUCACCGCCACGGACCUGGGCUCCCCGCCCAUCGCCACCCAAAAGACCGUCUUGGUGCAAAUCUCCGACGUGAACGACAACCCUCCGCAGUUCACCAGCCAGGCCUGGAACAUCUCGGUGGCGGAGAAUAAUCAGCCGGGGGCAUCUCUGCUCCAGGUGUCAGCCUCUGACCCGGACCUGGGCGGGAACGGCCGCAUCUCUUACGCGCUCAGGGACACGGACGUUGCGGGUAGCGCCUUGGCCAGUUUUGUCUCCGUGGACUCGGAGAGUGGAACCAUCUAUGCAAAACGCGCCUUAGACUACGAACAACUCAGGAGUUUUCGUUUCCAGGUGGAAGCCAGGGACAGCGGUUCCCCGGCCCUGAGCGCGGCCUUGUCUGUGAACAUCUUCAUCGCCGACCAGAACGACAACGCCCCGGUCAUCCUGUACCCCGGGACGCGGAACGGCUCGCUGGCGGUGGAGGUGGUGCCGCGGUUAGCCGAGGCCGGCCACCUGGUCACCAAGGUGGUGGCGGAUGACGCGGACAGCGGGCAGAACGCCUGGCUCUCCUACCACCUGCUGCAGGCGUCCGACUCCAGCCUCUUCAGGGUGCUGCCCGACACCGGGGAGCUCCGCACCACUCGCUCCAUGAGCUCCACGGACUCCAUCAAACACAAGGUGGUCGUUCUAGUGCGGGACCACGGGGAGCCGCCCCUCUCCUCCACGGUGGCCCUGGGCAUCCUGCUGGCCGACUCCCUUCCCCAGGCCCUCCCGGACUUCGGGGACGGGAUGGAGGGACACGAGCAGCUCACGAGCCUGAACCUUUCCUUGAUCGCCUCUCUCGCUUCCAUUUCCUUCGUCUUCCUGGCCUUCCUGCUCUUCCUGCUGCUCGCCAGGCUGGUGCGCUGCGGAGCGAGCCCCUCGCGCGGCUGGGCCGGGUGCUUCCCCGGGGCGCAGCGGGAGAAGUGCCGCUUCAGCGUGCGCAUGCUCCCGCGAGCUCAUUUACCCCCUGAUCUGGUGGAGGUCUCCGGGGUGGGCAAGCUCACCCACACCUAUUUAUACCGGGCGUCCUUGGGCCUCGCGCCCAGCAACAACAAUUCCCUGCCUAACGGAGACGCCGCGAACCUCCCCAAUGGCGCAGGAUUGCGAGCGCCCGCGGCCUGCGUGCAAAUCCGGAAGGUGAAGAGCGACCACUUCAACGCUAUCCUAGUGCCAAAACAACCCAAUCCUGAUUGGCGAUACUCUGCAUCUCUAAGAGCAGGAAUACAAAGUGCUGUGCACAUGGAGGAGGCAGGAGUCUUACGAGGAGGACCGGGAGGACCUGAACAGCUGUGGCCAACAGUAUCCAGUGCAACACCAGAACCCGAGGCAGGAGAGGUGUCCCCCCCAGUGGGAGCUGGUGUGAACAGCAACAGCUGGACCUUUAAAUAUGGACCUGGCAAUCCCAAACAAGCUGGUCCCGACUCUAAAAAGCAGACACAAGUUUCCUUUCUCCUACGCCGAAAAGGAGAAUCUUCACAGUACAGCCAGUGAGAGGUUGGACUCUCUGCAUUGUGAUUCCUGUGAUCCUGUCUUGAUGACACUUGCAGGACAAGUUUAAAAGUUUUGAUAUUGUGCACCCUGUGUCUGAUUGGAAACAUUUGUGUGCAGGUGUCAGCUAGGUGAUAUAAGAUCAGAUUAUAAAAUGCAAGCAGAGCUGGUAAAUUAUGAACAACAAAGGAAACACCUAAUGAACGUAGUGUUCCGAUGUUCAGGAUGGGGCGGAAAUGUCUCCAAGGAAAUUACCAGAUUUUUCAAAUCUAGAGACUAGAUGUGUGGAAUACUGAGUCUUUUGCAUGACAUACUGUCCAUGCUCCAGCAAAGAAAAGCUCACAUUUACAGCUCUGUAAGAUACCAGACAGUAUAACUCUCACAAGCCAUUGACUAUAUUGUCAUAAAUAAGUCCUGAUUAUCCUAGCUAGGAUGCCCCUGACGUGGGACAGCAGGGAUGGGCUCACAUCUCAGGAAUGUCACUGUGAUGUUUCCUUUACAUCCCUGUUUCCACUCUGUUCAGCAUUUUUUGCACUUAAUGUCUCUGAAAAGGUCAGAGUAUUUUCCACAAUGCAUAUGCAAAAGCGAGAAAAAAGAAACACAUUAUCUAUGCUAUUUGUUAUUUGAUAUAUUUAUUUAUAAAGAAAAUAUAGCUGUAAAUGUUAAAGAAAUAUGAUGCCCUUUAACCCAAACAGAAGUCAAUCAACAGCCAUUAGAAAUUAUAAUUGCUGCUAUUAAAGUGCUUUAGAGAAAUUGCCAGAAACAUCCGUAUUAUAUCGGCCACUUGCCAAUCACAGCUUUAUUCUGUCGGGUCACUCGGGCACUGCCUCUUGCAUGUAUUAAUAAAUACAAGAAUAUAAUUUUGCAUUAAUCUGCACUUUGAAUAGACAACAUUUGCAAACAAACUGUCCUAAUAUAAGGAAGCAGAAGCAAACUGUUUUUCACACAACCAGAUCUACUAAUCUGCUAGCUCUUUGCAGUGUCUCGGUGUUACCUCCCAACCAACCUUUUUUGGUUUUAGUUUUACUUUUCUAUGAGGUUAUGAAUUGCUGACCCUACUAACACUCAUAUGUAAAAUUCAAGUACUGUAUGUAUGCUGUAUGCUUACAAGAAUCCUGAAAUAUUUAUUCUGUGCUUGUGUAUGUGAAUGUCAAUGGAACUAUUACCUAGACUGGACUUUAAGCUUUAUUGUUGAAUGUAAAUCCAUUCUUUCUUUUUGUACACUUGUGGAAAAGUGGAGUAGUGUUAAUUUUUUAAGCCACUGUUGGUUAUCAGUUUUUGUGUAUGAAACACAAGUAAAAUAUCUUUCUUAAAUCAAGAAAUCGGCGACUCAAGGGCUUUUAUUCAUAUAUGAUUAAAGCAACAAUGCUGUGAAUUGCUAAAAACUAAGACUACAACUGGUGUACUGAUUGUAUCAUUUGUUGGGUUUGUCACAUGAAUAAAAAAUUAAUCACAAAUGAUUGCAUGAUUUAAAAAUUAAUUGAAAUUAAUCCCGUGAUUAAUGGUGUUGCUAAACAAUA